UUCAUUUCUUUAAUAACAAACAAACAACCCGGUAAAUUUGUUUUUUUUUGCAUGCAACGCAACUUACACGGCAUGCAGCCGACUCGUGGACGGUUUCCUGUUGCCUUAAGUGAUGCAUUCGUCGUAAUUUCGUGUAUUUAAGUGUUAACUGCUUAGGCCUCUGUUUUAUACAGGGGACGAUCAGGAAAACUAAUUUGGAUUAAGAAUCAGAUCUAGACUCGUUAGUGCGUGCAGUCAGACACCUCAGUCGUGAGAUUUGUGCAGUUGGUAACACAAAUAAAAAAAAACGCAAUGAGACGUAGCACGAACGAGGCUGCUUUUAGCAGUAGCAUGUCGCUUUCUAUCUGCCGAGCUUAAAUCCAUUAAAACCGCCGAGAUUCAUCAUGCUUACUUGAUUUCACUAGCUUCGAAAACGACACUCUGCAGAUCACAUCAGAAUUCCUGAGUGAAAUCUUUAUGGGAUGACGUUUGUGCCACCGGUUCAAACAUCAGUAAUAACAUCAGAUCCAGUUGGCUUGUUUUGAAACAGGACCACAGAGGGAUCCUUUCCCUUCCUCGCUUAGUCUGUCUGUUACUCGUGGGCGGAAAAGAAGGCGUGUUGAGCAGUCAUGGGAAAGAAGAAUCAGAACCGUGAGGAUGACGAAUCUGCGUCCUCAGACGAAGAAGAAUACGUGGUGGAGAAGGUCUUGGACAGGAGGGUUGUAAAGGGCAGAGUGGAGUACUAUCUUAAAUGGAAAGGAUUUUCAGAUAAACACAACACGUGGGAGCCAGAAAAAAACCUCGACUGUCCAGAUCUCAUCUCCGAAUUCAUGAAGACGUACAAAAAGGGUGGCAGUGGUACGAGUACUCCAAGCAGUGGGACCAAACCCUCCAGCGCAACUCCCUCUCGUACCAAAGAACCCGGCAGCAAGAGGAGAAACUCAGACGAAGAAGAGGAGGGCGGCAGCAAGCAGAAGCGGAAAAAAGAGGACGAGAUCCUAGUCGCUAGAGGCUUUGAGAGAGGUCUGGAGCCGGAGAAGAUCAUUGGUGCGACCGACUCUUGUGGGGACCUUAUGUUCUUAAUGAAGUGGAAAGACUCGGACGAGGCGGACCUUGUGCUCGCGAAGGAGGCCAAUCACAAGUGUCCCCAGAUUGUCAUCGCUUUCUACGAGGAGCGUCUUACUUGGCAUGAGGAUGGCGAGAAGAAGGAGAAGGGUGCUGCAGCUGUGUAAGCGUACAAUCCCCCUCCGAGAGACACGAGUGCACUCACAAUCCGUCCUUUGUUCCCGGACCAUUUUCAAACCACCACUGGCAUUGGCCUCCUGGCAUUUGAGGUCUCUUCCCACCUUCUUUAGUCUCUUUUCAUCUCCCGUAUAAAUGGCAACUCUUUAUCAAACAAUGUCUCAAGUAUUGAGGGAUGAGCAAGUAAUUGAGAACUAUGCCAAGAGCUUGAGGAAUGGAGAUGUUAAGACUGAUGGAGUCACAUGGAUAGUGUUUUUAACCUGUUAUUCUGACAGAGCUUCACUCUUCUUUUCAUGAUUUUACGUGUUUGUGUCCCUUUUUUUUUUUUUUUCUCCUCCCCCGUGUGUAUGUUUUGACUUGAUCGUAUAGAGUCCAUUCAGCAGUUGGUGAAAUGUAUUGAGAUUGUUGAUAUUUCUGUUUGUGUUUUUAUCAGAGGUUGUUCUGUAUCUGCAGUGCUGGAUUAGUCGCCCACAUCAAAAAUCAGUCUCUCUCUCUCUCUCUCUCUCUCUCAAAACGUGUCCAGAGAAUGUAGGACUACCUUGACUAUAUAUACAUUUCACAAAACUCUGGAACUUAACUAGACAUAUGCACUGAGUCCACAUUUCCCCCCACAACUCAAAUUUUUUUUAUCACAAUUCAACGUCUGCUCGCGCUCAGAUCGGUGUCCGGGGACAGACGAUCACGUUUAUUAAUGCCAUCACAAAGACGUGCAUCCGUGAUGUUCAUAACUAAGUGCUCCACCUUGUGGACAUUUGUCUAGCAUUUUCUUUUCUUCCAGCAAACGGUUUCAACACAAACGACUACAUGUUUAAUUCCAUCCAGAUAGAAGUCACGUAGACGUUAGUCAUUUAAAGGCAAAGUGAAAUUAGGUGUCUGUGUUUGGUGCAUAAAGCUGCAGCCACACCAGGUUUUGUAGAUAAGAUAGAAAGAUCCCCAUAACGAACACUGUGACCUUGUUAGUGUUUGUCACUUCUGUCCUCACCACGGUUCAGUUCUCAAAGAAGUGAAUCGAGACUGAACCUGUGCUUAAGCGGGUUAUGAGCUCAGGUGGGGAAAUCUGUUUGUAGAGCCACUGGACAAAUAAAUCCAACCCAAGAAAACAUCCUGACUUUCACUGACACGACAGAGCUACUGAUUCUGCUUUUUAAAAAAGAAUGGUUGAGCCGUACAUCAUGGCGAAUGUAGUCAGACGAAAAGAACUGACAUUUGUUUUAUAGGUUUUUUCUCUCUCUUUUAGUUGUUGUCUCUCUCUCUCUUCUUUUUUUAAUCUUUUUUUUUUUUUUAAAGUCAGAUACUUGUUAUGUUUAGACAGAAAGGUGAAAUGUUGUGAACAGACUUCAGACCAUCGGAUGUGCUCUGGACUGCUAUGAUUUAGAUACUGUAAUGAACAUGUACGUGUGUGUGGUUUGAAUCCCAAUCAGAGUUUUUUCUUUCAGUUUUCUGGAGAAAAAUGACUAUCACAAACUGUCGUUACAUAUGUCUGUACAUCUCACUAUAAAAUGUACGGCCUGACCUUGAAUUAUUUUUUUUCCCUCUCUUCUCAUGUCAUGAUAUUCAUCAGAUACUUAUGUGUUUUCCAAGUAAGAUUUUGAUGUCUUUUACCUAUAGAUUUUUUUAAAUGUCUUGUAUCAAAUUGUAGUAAACCUAGUUUUCCACACGAAUUUGAUAGUUUUUCAUUUGAAAUCCACAAUACUGCCAUGUUUUGAUUUGAUAGUUUAAACACAGGCUUUAAACGUUUGCAUCAUUUACAGGUGAAUUUCAGUUCACAGGAUUAACCUUUCCAGCAGAUGGUGCUAUUCGGCUACACGCUCAUGUACAGACCAAAUCUCAAUGCAGCCCAUAAUAUCGUACCAAACUGUGGUGGUGUUGGAUGUUAUUUGUUGAAUUGAUUACUUGUCUUGGUGUAGAGAACUGUAAAAAAUUUUCUUAUAAAAACUAAAAUCAACGAACAGAAUUAAAAAAAAAAAAAAAAUUUCAGAGUAUGUAAAUGUAAGGACCAAAAAGGAAUAAGGCUUGCUUUUUUUCUUUUCUUUUCUUUUUUUUGGGGGGGGGGGGGGGGGGGUCAUGAAUGCUUUUCUGUUGCAAUUGCAAUGUUUUACUCUCUCUUCACACACACAAUCACUAGCGCUACACCAUGACCCAGCAGUACACCAUAUGUUUUGGUCUUGAUAUAUUCCUCAUGGUAGCUAUUAUUGAUCUUUUUUGAAGAGUAUUUUAUAAAUUAGCCCCCACACUGCUUACAUGUGAAAUAUAUCUUUCUCACGGUUAUGUUUGUAACGUGUAGAAUGUUUCUGCCGACAUUCAGUCAAAACUGUCAAAUCAAAAUAAAGAAAUUCUAAUAAGA